CCCACAGCGCCAGUCACUGAUUCCAGUGUUCUUUGAGAUGGACCAUGCAGCUUUCCUUGUUGCUGUUCUCCAACUUUGUAGAAUUUUAGCCAGUGUGGAAGGAAGGUUUGUGGAUUCAACUGUAAAGCUUUCAGAGAAGAUGAAACUGGAAUGCAUAUAUCCAAAAAAAGCUGUGAUAAUACAGACAUCCUGGAUGAAACAAAAUGGAAGUCAUAAAGAAAAUAUUGCUGUCUUGCAUCCUACUUACGGCAUACAUAUUGAAGACAAAUACAGGGGAAGAAUAUAUUAUGAAAAUACUUCCAGGGAAGACCAAUCCUUAUCCUUCAACAACAGUACUUUGGAAGAUGUUGGUUUUUACUUUUGCUCCAUUGUAACUUAUCCAGAUGGAGUUUCUGAGAAGGUAAUAGAAGUUAUUCAUCCAGCAGAUGCUUCUGAAAUACCUGAGAGACAAAGUAAUCUGAUGUUUGCCAAGCCAGGAGGAAGUGUCACUUUUACUUGCCCUUACGAUAUUGGAGGUUUGGUGCAGCAAGUGAAAUGGGAAAGGAUUAAAGCAGGUGGGACAGAUACCAUUGUCCUGUGUAACUCAGGAGGAGAGCGAAGAUUUGGUUCAGAUUUCAUAAAACGUGCACUGGUGGAUUGCUCUGGUCAGGCAAGCUCAACGAUUGUCAUUCAAAACGUCACAGCUUCCGACUUCGCAAAGUACCGCUGCAUGGCUACUGGAAGAAAUAAAACCUUUGAGAUGAGUUUCACUGUGGUUGCAACUUGGGAUCACAAAUGGCUUAUUAUCUACAUAGCUGGAGGAACAUCUGCUGCUGUUUUACUGUUAGUUUUCCUACUCAUUUUCUGCAUCACCACUGCUUAUCGCAAAAAGAAGAAGAGGAAGAAGAUCACAGAGGCCUUAUUUAAUGCUUUGUACUGUACUCAGGACGAGGCUGGUAACAAUUAUGCAGAACACAAUUAUCACACCACAUGGGAUAUAGAAAGAGGAAAAGAAGAGUCAUCAUUCAGGACAGCACAGGAGAUCUACGUGAACUGCAUAAACCUAAGAAAUGAUAAUUAGCUUCUUUCUUGUGAAUGAAGUAACUCAAGUUCAGACCAUGUCGUUGCAUGUUGGACUUGAUUUGUUUUGCACAGGUAGCUGCAGAAGGUUAAACUGGCUGCCAAGCAUGGCCUAUGCUGCCCUGUCCAGACAGCACAGGUACCCAAGCCAGUCAGGGUGCAUCUGCAUUAUGAGACAGUCUGAAGCACUAAUGCACCCUUUGAUUCAUAUGUACAAGUGAAGACUAUUGGUACUUCUAAAAUUUAAACAUUUUUACCCAGUAGGUGCACUUACAGGUAAUAAUUUCAGAACAACUAUGCAGAGCAAAGCAGUAUAUGUUCAAAUUACAUUCAUUUCAUCGGAAGAAAAAAUGUCUGAGAAGCCUGUGUGGCAAGGUGAGAAAGAAAACGUGCUCCAUGUUCUCUGUAUUCAUGACUUUCAAAUCUUAAAAUUGAGAGCAUAAAAAAAGUCCAUGAUUUUCCACACAGGAGGUGUUAUCACACUGUUGGGCAAAUAGUAUUAUUCAGCUGGCAAAAGCAAAUGUAUCAGGGAAACCUGAAGUUAGAUUUGAAAGCAGGAAGAGAAGCGUGCUGUCUGACAGUGAUGUGGUUUACAUGCUUCUUGCCAUUCACGACAGCUAUUCCAGUGCUCACUGCUUGUGAUAAAGAAUAGAAACACAGUCCCCAGCCAACAUGUACUUUCACACACAUGCACACAUUUUUUUUCCUCUCUCUGUUGAAUGCUCAGGAGAAAACAAAACAUUAAGACUCUGUUACUGUCAAGUUAUAUUUAAUAAUAAUUUAUUAUAAGGUUUAGUUGAACGAAAAAUAAAUGAGAACAUGGAAGAUACAUGAAUAAAUGAUGCAAAGCAGAAAAAGCACGAUUGAGAACAUUUACAAAACAAUACACAGAUGUGUGUUUGUAUGUGUUGCAUAUGUAUAUUUUCUGCUAAAAACUACAAAACGAACCACACAGAAAUUGAACAAACAGACAAAAAUAAAAAAAAUAAAAAUUAAACAAACAGAACUAGAAGGCAGACCUGAGAAUUAGGAUCUACACAUCUUUUGGCCUUUCACAAAUCUGCCAUAUUACUGAAGGAUGGAAUCCCAGUAGAUGAUAUUACCAUGAAAGCUGAUAAUUAUACAUGUCUGUAUUCUACAAACUGUAUGCCUGGCCCACCUAUGCCUGAUUCCCCUUUUCUCUUGUAGUAUUACUAGAAGUGUGACUGAAUAUAACUUUUGUUUUGGAAAGGUUUUGUGGAAGGCAUCAUCAGUCUACCUACAAAACAGUUGCCGGCUCAACUUGGCUGGCAAAGGAGCAACAGGCUGACAGUGAAAAGCAGAAGGUAUGUGGCUUUCUCCAGUGAAAGCUUUCUUCACAUGCAAAGGAAAACAUGAGUCUAGGUUCUUGAGUGGACACAAGACUACUUUGAACUAUCUGUGUGAUAAUAGUAUUGUAUGGUUAUCCUACACUUCAGCUAAAAAUCUAAAAACGUAAGCCAGAGUCCUUCAACCUAGCAUUGAAGACUCAGAUUCUUUUACAGUGUCAAACACCAUUAGAAAACAUCUCAUUUUGGUUUUGUGUACUCCUGAACAAGGACACAUACACAUGACAAGGGAUAUAUUUUUCCUUUCACUUCUUGAAGGUAAUCAGAUAUAUAAAUGCUUGCAUGUGCGACUGAUGAGGAUACACAGAACUGUACUAUUAAUAAGUUGGUUUAUUUCCUGAGUUAUCAUAUGUCAAAGCAGAUAAUUCUAAGUUGUGCACAGCAUUACAAAUAAAACCCUGUAGCACUGGGUCAUUUCUUUGAUGAUUCCAUUUAUAUUAAAAUGCCAAAAUGGUGAUGCAAUGAAUUGGAUUACAUUGAAGAUCUCAGUUGGAAUCCUGAUACAGAAAUAUCCAUAGCCGAGAAGUUGCUAUUGAUUCACUGUUUGUAGAGACUCUAAUCACAUCCCUACUUCUCUGAAGACAGAAAAGGGGACAGGUUAAGUAUCUGUGAUAUCAGAUUGCUUUUAUUAUAUCUGAUAAUGCCCCUAUUUCUUGCUUCCCUUGGUGCUUUUAGCUUGUCUGCAUGCAUUUUUUCUUUUUUUGAAAGAAUUGCUUAUUUUUGAGAUUUAAGGAAGAAAAAAAAUCUGUAGUGCACAUCUUUGCAGAUAUUUAAUCUAGUUUAAUUCAAAUUCCAUAAACAUAAUACUUCUAUCAAGAUAGUCCACAGGGAAAGUCACAUUACAUAUAACACAAUAAGAACAGUGUUUUUUUUUUUUUUUCUCAUAAAGCAAACUCAAAGCAACAGUUUCAUUUUUGUAUCAUUGUAAUAUCAGUGAACAGCAGCUGAACAUGAGACUGAUACAAAUAAAAAACAGAACAAUUCA